AUGUUCCUCUCCCAGCACCUCUAUACACUUGAGCUCUUGGAGCGUGCUGGCAUGACUGAUUGCAAACCAUGCAGCACUCCAAUUGACACCAACGCCAAGCUUUUUGCUGAAGGGGCACCUGUAGCUGAUGCCACUGAUUAUCGUGCCCUUGCUGGGGCUCUACAGUAUCUUACCUUCACUCGCCCAGAUAUAUCUUAUGUUGUCCAACAGAUAUGUCUUUAUAUGCAUGAUCCUAUAGAAUCUCAUUUGGCCUUGAUCAAGCAUGUUCUCCACUACAUCAAGGGAACCAUGGAUUACGGCUUGCGGAUCCUUCGCUCAUCUACUCAUAAUUUGGUUGCCUACUCGGAUGCCGACUGGGCUGGAUGUCCGGAUACUCAAUGCUCCACCUCUGGUUAUGCUGUCUUCUUGGGUGAUAGUUUGGUCUUCUAG